UGGUGUUUAAGUUGCACAUUGUGACAACAGAGUCUAAACUUAAACUAGUGACGUUUUAACAAACGAGUAACAAACCUUAACAUCAUUAUUUGUUGGUGAACUCAGUAAUAUUGUCAUAAACCAAAGUGAGGAUCAUGAUAAACUCCACUCAGGUUUCAUAUUUCAUACUUAGUGCCUACUUUGACACCGGGGUUUUUAAAUACGUGUUUUUCAUGAUUGUUAUGUUUUUAUAUAUGUUAAUUGUUGGUUCCAACCUUCUGCUGAUUGUGGUGAUCUGUAUGAACAGAAGCUUACAUGAACCUAUGUACCUUUUUCUCUGCAGGCUGUUUGUAAAUGAACUGUUUGGUAGUGCAGGGUUGUUUCCAUUCCUUCUGCUUCAGAUCCUCUCUGACAUUCACACUGUUUCUGCUCCACUUUGUUUCCUGCAGAUUUAUUGUGUUCACUGUUAUGCAGGUGUUGAGUAUUUUAACUUAGCUGUCAUGUCUUAUGAUCGAUAUCUUGCCAUCUGUUAUCCUCUGCAAUACAACACACGUAUGACUAAUAAUAAGAUUGCCACUCUUAUUGCUCUAACAUGGUUUUUUCCUUGUUUUGCAAUGGUUGUUCUGCUGUCUAUGACUUCUCCUUUGCAGCUCUGUGGGAACACCAUUUACAAAGUUUACUGUGAUACCCACUCUGUUGUGAAGCUGUUCUGCUCUGACAUCAAAGCGAUUAACGUAUAUGGACUUAUUGCCACUUUUACCACAAUCUUUGGGCCUCUAACUUUAAUCCUUUACUCUUACGUGAGGAUCUUUAGAGUUUGUUUCUCUGGUUGUAAACAGACCAGACAGAAAGCUGUCAGUACCUGCACACCUCAUCUCGCUUCUCUCUUGCACUUUUCUGUUGGUGGUUGCUUUGAAAUAUUACAGAGCAGGUUUAAUAUGAACACUUUACCCAAUGUGUUAAGAAUCUUUCUAUCGUUGUAUUUUCUUACAUGCCCGCCGCUCUUUAAACCCUGUACUGUAUGGCCUGAAUCUGUCCAAAAUACGUGUCAUAUUUAAAAGUCUGAUAUCAAAUGCAGACUAAUAAUAUAACAUUUUUCAUCAGGUUUUCAUAGAUUAGUUAUUUUAAUCAGACCGUUUACUGUAAUGUAGAUCUGUGCUUCUUACAAUGACACAAAUAAAGUACAUCUUCUGUCUGUGAACAGAGGAGCAUCCACGACACUCAAAUCUAACAGUAUUUAUAGAGAUAGUGGUGCACAAAGCCAUGUCAGAGAAAGUUAAGCUUCAAAUCUAAUUUACAAUUACACCCAUAUACAUAUAUUUAGAUUGAUAUUAUAUUACAUUAUAGUACAUAAACGACAGAUUCAUAUCUCUUCUUCAUUAUCUUAUGCAGUUAACAAUUCACUUAACUACUUUAAUAAACACUAGCC